AUGCUGCCCAAGUUGGCCCUCUGGCUGGCGGCCCUCGGCGGCGCCGCCCUCGGCCCCGUCGCCGAUGCCGCCCGCGUUCCCGUCACCGGCGUCAGGACGAACCCCGGCUCGCCUGUCCCGCUCCGGUUGAACAUCAACGACAUGCAGGCUAGAGGAGGUCCGGUGUGGGACCUGUUUCUUCUGUCGCUCAAGGAAAUGCAUGAGAUGAGCCCGACCGACCAACUUUCUUUCUUUCAGAUUGCCGGUAUCCACGGCAAGCCCUAUGUGCAGUGGAACGACGCUGGUGGCCGCCGCUCCGACGGAUGGGGGGGCUACUGUCCCCAUGGUGAGAAAAACUUCUUGCCGUGGCACCGCCCGUAUCUUGCUCUGUACGAGCAAGAGGUGGUCAAGCACGCCAGGAGAAUCGCCAGCACCUACCCGCAGCGAUACCGCGCCCAGUACCAGCGAGCGGCCGACCAGCUCCGCGUGCCCUUCUGGGACUGGGCCUCGGACCAGUCCGUCCCCCAGGCCACCGUCCCGGGCCGCGUCCGCGUCAACACGCCGUCGGGCCAGGCGCUGCGGUCCACCGAGAUCGAGAACCCGCUCGCCACCUACCGCUUCCCCCGCAACGUCCUCAACGGCCAGUUCGGCGAGUGGGACUCGCAGCGCCGUCCCCAGAUCUAUCACUGCGUGGCGCCGUAUAGCUAUCCCACCUCGGCCAACAGCAACCUGCGCUCGCGCCCCUAUAAGCAGUGGACCUACGAUGCCCUCACCCGUUCCGGCAGCUUCGACGAGUUCGCCUCGCCCGAGGGCGGCGGUGUCGGCAUUGAGCAGAUCCACAACGCGGUUCAUUGGGACGGCUCGUGCGGAGGCCAGUUCCUUGCUCUUGAUUUCACCGCCUUUGAUCCCCUCUUCAUGAUGCAUCACUGCAACGCAGACCGUCUGUGGGCGUACUACUCGGCCAUGAACCCGCGCAGCAGCGCCAUCUUCAGCAGCUCGUACACGGGCGGCGCGCGCUUCGCGACGCCCAGCGGCACUCGCAUCACGCCCGACUCGCCUCUCGAGCCCUUUUACCAGACAAACGGGCAGUUCCACACGUCGCGCACCGUCUCCAGCAUCCGCAACUUUGGCUACUCGUACGAGGGCCUCGAGUACUGGUCCAAGUCGGAGGGCCAGAUGCGCGCCGACGCCGUCCGCCUCGUCAACCGCCUCUACUCGCCCGGCGGCUUCUCGGCGGCCGGCAUGCUCAGCGUCAAGAAGCCCCAGACGCGCUACUUUGUCCAGCUCGAGCUCGACAUGGCCCAGGUGCCCCGCCCCUGCCAGGUCCAGGUCUUGGUCUCCGAGAAGUUCGCCGGCAGCAUGGUGGUGAUGCAGCAGCCUGGCCACGGCAUCAUGCAGGGUGGUUUCCCCAUCGACAAUGCCGUCAAGGAGGCUGGGCUCAACAAGCUUGGCAAGGAAGAGGCUGUUGCCAAGAUCAAGGAGGUUCUCAAGGUCAAGAUUAUCAAGGGCGACGGUGAAACCGUCGCCGUCGAAUCCGUCUCCAGCUUCAAGUGGGAGCUCGAGGCCAUCACCUACACGCCCGCCGCGGGCGAGGAGGGCCUCCCCAAGUUCACCAACCCGCAGAAGCACGCCCUCAAAGUGUCGGGUUAA